GCGAAGUGGACUUGUCCACACCUUACGGGACGCUUAGUCCUCUCCAAGCGCUACAGCGUCUUCAGAAUCAAAUGGACCAAUCCAACGGCGAAGCAGCUUCCCUGGAAAACGUGAUUGGAAUUGUUACAAGGAUUAACAACUUACUCCGGGUCAACACGUCACAGUCAUCCUUGGCCGGAUUCACUCCGGAACUGGAGGCAGGUAUAGAUCUGCUGCGGAAGUCUUCAGAACUCAUCAGAGCCACUGAAGGUUCCACUAUACCAAUGAUGGAGACGCUGCUUAACGUCACGGUACAGGCCGUGCCCAAUCUCGUUCAAAUGCUGCCUGCAGAAAAGUCGAUCAUACUUAAUACCACAACGCCUCUAUUAAGAAUGGAUGUCAUAGAUGUCAACUCAGUCAAUAUAUCUCCUAAACAACAGCUGAAGAACAUAAAACACCAGCAGUGGAAAUACGAUCAACAGCUUCGUAACGCUGGACUGUCUUUGGGACAAACUAUGGAACGAACAGCCAAUAGUCUUCUAGACAUCUUGCCAGACACCAAAGACUACAUGAAGGCAUUUGAAAAAGAUGACGUCACUGUUGCGGUUGCAAGGUCCACUAGGAAAGAUAUAAUACUUCAGAGUCGUCAAGUUAACGUGUCAGCAUUUCCCACACACUGUAAUAUAGAAGGGGGUACAGAUGCCAAGAUGAUUGUGAUGAAGAAAAACUUGUUUUCGUGGAAUGCCUCUACGUUUGGGGAAAACGUCACCACGCCCGUGACUAUGUUUUCGUGGGGAUCCCAGCGCUUUGACCACAACUGCUCUGUGCAGCUGAACCUCUCCCAUCCUAUAGCAAUCGAAAAUAUAGAAGACCCAAGACGUCAAAAACGUGACCUUCAAGAGCGUGGUCUUGUUGGGGCACAGUUUGCUCUGGGCGGCAUUGUCGUUGGACAAAACAGCAACGAGACGAUGGUUUUAUAUGCAUUUGAUGUACCAGCCGUUACUGCUGUUGUUGUGAUGCAGUUAUCGUGGUGGGAUCACGCCGCUGCCUUCCGCGUCUUCUUCCGUUACGACACGCCACCAACAGAGCAGCUUUAUGACGACAAGAUGGUAGUUGAGGAGGAAGAUGCUGUUCUGGCUUGGCGUCGAGGCACAAACAGCGUGCGAAAAUUUGUCCCAAAUAUCACGAAACGACGGGGGAGACUUUAUGUUGGGGUACAAAAAGCAGAAUCUGACAGCCUUUUGCAAACGGCACUUUCGCCCAAAGACUUCGUACUUCAGGCAUCAGCAGUGAGCUGUCUUAACUGGGAUCAUACAUUCGAGAAGUGGCAAGACGUAGGCUGUGGGGUUGGCGUGGAUCCAUUUGAUAGUACCUUCAGAUGUAACUGCGACGUUCCCAAGCCGAAGGCUGUCAUUGGCGGCUCCUUGCACGCCCUUCCAAAUACUAUCGAAUUGGAGGACAUCUUCAAAGAUCCCAGCAUCCUUAAUGACAACAACCUCGUUUACUACACGGUUAUUUGCGAGUGGGCUCUCUACUUGGUGUUAAUGAUUAUACUCAACGUCGACUUUCAGCGCUUUCGAGUAAGUACAUCUUCUUCGUACUAUGCCCCUUCAUCGUCACAUUAUCAUUUCUGCAGCUGA